AUGAUCUCUGCACUUUCGGUCUUACUGCUCGCUUCUACCGCUGCAGGCCGGGACAUAACGUUCCCACCUGUAGCAGGAUAUCAAUCUCCUAUGAUCCAAGUCUCAGGCCAUGAGAGUAUCGACAUCACCGGAGCCAAGUUUGCAGGAUUGACUACAUUCGCCAAUCUUCCUUAUGUUCACUGCCUUGACCAGAGCGGCUCUGAGAAGUACGAUAUUGCCAUUCUAGGUGCUCCAUUCGACACUGGUGUGACCGCAAGGCCAGGUGCUAGAUUCGGACCCAAUGGAAUCAGAGCAGGAUCUCGUCGUAUCCAACCGGAGUUUGCAUACAGCAUAUACAAUGGCAGAAAUCUGUUCAAGGAAUGGGCCACAAUCAUCGACUGUGGAGACGCACCUUUGACAGUGUUGGAUAACACAGUGGCUCUAAAGCAGCUCGAUUUGGCACACAAGAUGGUUUCAAGUCGAGCUACCAAUUCGACUGAUUACACCGUGCCACGACUUGUUACACUUGGCGGUGACCACACCACGACACUUUCUGCCUUGAGAUCUACGUUCAAGCAUUGGGGCGCCGUUAGCGUCAUCCACUUCGACAGCCACAUUGAUACCUGGGAUCCUGAGAUACUCGGAGGAGGCGUCUCACAUUAUGCAGGAGUCAACCACGGCACCUUCCUUCACAUUGCUCACGAAGAAGGGCUGAUCAGAAACACAUCGAUUCACGCGGGAAUCAGGGCACCUGUUGGCAACAAGAAGCAUGACCUCAGGAAUGAUCGCAACUGUGGCUUCGAAAUGAUCACAGCUCGAGAUAUCGACAGACUUACCCCUCAAGGAGUGAUUGAGAAGCUCAAGCGUCGCGUUGCUGGAACGAAGGUAUACAUCAGCGUCGACAUCGAUGUGCUUGAUCCAGCCUAUGCCCCAGCCACCGGUACAGCAGAAGUCGGAGGAUGGACUACGCGAGAACUCCUCACAAUUCUCGAUGGCUUGUCUGGGUUGGAAGUUAUUGGCGGAGAUGUUGUGGAAGUGGCACCGAUCUAUGACAAUGCUGGGGAGCCGACUACUUUGGCAGCAUCCGAGGUGGUCAUGUCUUUUCUGCAAUUGAUGGUGGACCAACCUGUCAAGGCAGGGCAAGAUUAG